CGUCACCCCCUACCCUCACUUCACCCCCUACCCUCACUUCACCCCCUACCCUCACUUCAUCCCCUUCCCUCACUUCAUCCCCUACCCUCACUUCACCCCCUACCCUCACUUCACCCCCUACCCUCACUUCACCCUCUGCCUUCACUCUGGCGUGCAUCGGAACUACUUGUUCGGCACGGAUCUUCCCUCCAGAGUAUGCAGCCUGAAUGAGAGCCAGGUGAUCGUUGACACCAACUGCUUCACCAGCCCGUGCAACUUCGCACAGGAGCAGCGAGAAGAGAGCGACUGCACCGCCACCUGCGGCCUCGUGCCUCCCUCCACGCUACCCUGUGGCGGCCGCGGGUACUGCAAUUGGGACAUGGAUCGUUCACAGGCCAAGUGCGCGUGUGACGCAGGGAGUGCCUACAUGACAGACCAUGCAGCAUGCGUCACCAGCACCGGCACUCCAUGGCACGCCUCCCAGUUGCCUUUUCUGAAGGAACUGAGGACCUCCUGGAAACUGGAUGGACGUGAUGCUCCUCGCGGCUGGCAGGCCGGGGAUGACUGCAAGACCGCUGAAGUGCUCACCUGUGAUGAUGCAGGCAUGAUCACGCAGUUGAUGGUUCUAGAAGAUGUCGUUUCUGGCGAAAUACCCGAGUCGGUUGGGGAUCUGGCAAAGCUGUCGAUCAUAGUGAUAAGAGGCACUGGUAGCCGGAGUGCCAACUAUGGCCUAACUGGUGCUAUUCCAGAGUCCAUCAGCCAGCUGACGGGCCUUGUUGAGCUAGAGUUGUCAAAUGUUAGGCUCAUCGGCGACAUUCCUUCAGCGCUCUUCACUCUUCCACGCCUCACCCGCAUGGUCGUGGGCGGCUACGAUGCCCAGCCUUGUUCCAUUCCACAAUCCAUCAGCCAGCUAUCCAACCUUGUGGAGCUAGAGUUGUCAAACGUGGGGCUCACUGAUGGCGGCGUUCCCUCAGAGCUCUUCACUCUUACAGACCUCACCCGUGUAAUCAUAAGGGACAACGGUUACCAGCCUUUUUCUAUUUCAGAGCCCAUCAGUCAGCUAAUCAACCUUGCUGAGCUAGAGUUGUCCAACGUUGAGCUCACUGACAGCGUUCCGCCAGCGCUCAUCACUCUGACACACCUCACCCGCAUAAUCAUAAGAGGCAACAGUGAAUAUUACCAGUCUUACUACUCCCAGUCUUUCUCUUUAACGCAGUCCAUCACUCAGCUAGCCAACCUUGCUGAUCUAGAGUUGUCCAGCAUUGACCUCACUGACAGCAUCCCUUCAGAGCUCUUCACUCUUACACACCUCACCCGCGUAGUCAUAAGGACCGAAGACUACUCGUCUUUUUCUUUUCCAGCGUCCAUCAGUCAGCUCACCAACCUUGUUGAACUUGAGUUGGCAAGGCUGGAUCUCACUGGGGGCAUACCGUCAGCGCUCUUCGACCUCACACACCUCACCCGCAUACGCAUAGAGGGACACUUUGAUGAGUUUGGUUCAAUUCCACAGUCCGUCAGUCAGCUUACCAGCCUCGUUGAGAUAGACUUGUCAAAAGGUAUUUUCACUGGUGGCAUACCUUCGGAGCUCUUCAACCUUGGGGAUCUCACCCAGCAUUGUGUUUCUCGACUCACGCCUGUCGGGGUCACUACCUGCAGCCUUAUCCAUGAUGACACAGCUCAAGCAUCUGGAUCUCCGGUACAAUAAUUUCUUCGGCCCUUUCCUGACGUCAAACGCUUGGAUCAGCUGAGUUACUUAGACAUCGCUCACAACUUCUUUGCGGGAAAGAUCCCAACAACGGAUACCAUGAGCGGCUUGGAAUAUUUCAACCUAAAGUUCAACUACUUCACAUCUGGGACCAUUGGGGAUCACAUCUGUAAUCAGGCCGAGGUGUCGGUCGCUAGCAAUUGCUUGGACCCGGACAGUGUGCUGUGCCAGCUGGACGAAUCGCAGCUACAGGAUUGUUAUAUCUUCUGCGGGAUGGAUGCGCCCUCCUCCAUCCCCCCCUGUGACGGACAUGGGUACUGCUAUGGAGAGAACUUGAAUAUACCGUGGGGGGAGCAGGGCGAGAUGCAGUGCCAGUGCGCGGGUGGUUACACGCACGGUUCGUCAAGCACGUCCUGCGUCUCCACGCUGCAGAGCUCUCAGGUUGAGGUGCUGAACGGCCUGCUGCAGCUCUGGGGCUCAGCGCCUAACAGCGUGUGGCAGUCCGAAACCAUUGACUCCCUCAAAGAGCGCUUCGCCUCAAUCGAUGGCGAGAAUUUUAUUGUUAAGCUUGACUUAUCCAGUCAAACCCUGAGUGGAACCAUCCCAUCCAUUUUGACAGCGCUCUCUCGCCUCACGCAUCUAGACCUGUCACACAAUGAUUUAUCAGGAGAAUUCCCUCAGGGUCUUAGCACCCUACUCAGCCUUCACACCCUGGACUUGUCCUACAACCAGCUGUCUGGGUCGAUUCCGCCCUCCUUCAUUGAACUUCAGCGCCUUCAGACGUUGGACGUGAGGAACAACUAUCUCUACUCUGGCACUCUUCCCGCCACCAUGUGCACCUCAUCAGCGCUCACACUCUCCCUGCAGAGCAACUGCUUCCCCUCCAACGCUAUUCCCUGCGCCCUCGUCCACACCCAGCGGCCCUCUGACGAUUGCUCUGCCUUCUGCCACCUCUCUCCCUCCACCCCGCCUGUGCCGACCGCGGCCACUGCUACUGGGAUUGGGUGGAAGGCACACGCACAGCCAUGUGUGCGUGUGAGGGGGGGUACGGGAAAGGAGUGGAUCCUGCAACGUGUGCUUCCCUGCUUUCAUCCUCGGAAUGGGCUGCGUUGGAAACCCUCUCAGCUGCAUGGGGGGCUUUGAUGGCUUUGGGACAUGGAAGAACAACAAUGCUUGGGAGCGCAUGAGUAACAUCAUAUGCGAUUCAACCAACCAUGUCAUGCAGCUCAAUGUCUCGGGGCUGGGCAUCCGGGGAUUCAUUCCAGACGCCAUCAGUGCCUUGGCGAGCUUGACUGUGCUGGAUUUGUCGCAAAACUACCUCACUGGUACCCUGCCAAAAGGCUUAAGCAUUCUUUCGAACCUCAAAACCCUGAACGUGAGAGACAACUACCUCUAUGCUGGCAGUCUCCCCACCACCAUGUGCACGUCAUCAGCGCUCACUCUCUCCCUGCAGAGCAACUGCUUCCCCUCCAACGCCAUCCCAUGCCCCCUCCACUCGCAGCGCUCCUCUGCACAAUGCUCCACCUUCUGUGGCCUCUCCCCUCCCUCCAAUCCGCCCUGUUCCAACCACGGCUACUGCUAUUGGGAUGGGGGGGAAGCCGCAGGCAAAGCCACGUGUGCGUGCAAGAAGGGUUAUACACAGGGAAAUGUUUCCAGCACAUGCGUCAGCUUAUUGCCAAAACUCGAAUGGCUCGCUUUGGAGGGCCUGAGUGUGGCUUGGGACGGCUUCGAUGGCUCAGGCACGUGGGACAAGAACAUUCCUUGUAAAAGGAUGAAUCAUGUGCAGUGCGACGACGACAACCACAUAGUGGACCUGGAUGUUUCCAGACAAAGUAUUUCGGGAUCGAUUCCAACCAGCAUCCAAGGCCUGUCGCGCCUUACAUCACUCAAUAUGUCCAACAACGCUAUAGCGGGGCCAAUUCCAGACUCCAUCAGCCGUCUGACGAGCCUACAAUACUUGGACUUAUCAUACAACCAACUGUCAGGAGCUUUACCAAGUGGGCUCAACAGCUUGCAAUGGCCCAACAGCUUUCAGGGGCGCAACACCUUCCAAGGGUUGCGGACACUGGACGUGAGCAACAAUUACCUCUACUCCGGCGGUCUGAACAAAACCGUUUGCAAGUCAUCGGCGGGGGUGCUCUCCCUGCAGGGCAACUGCUUUCCCCCCAAAGCCAUCCCUUGCGGUCUCCGGCAGUCCCAGAGCUCCGAAGAAGACUGUUAUAACUUUUGUCAGCUCACCCCCCCAACCCCACCCUGCCCCGGCCUCGGUUAUUGCUACUGGGCGGUGGGGGAAGACGGGAUAAACUAUGCCACGUGCGCGUGUGGGUCGGACUCUACUAGGGGAGGUUCGCUUGGAGCAUGCGACGGCCUUCCCACGGAUUCAGAAUGGGCUGCACUGGCGGCACUGAGGAAGGCCUGGCAGGGGUAUGACGGGCUCGGCACGUGGAAGAAGGACCACGGAUGUGACCAGAUGGAGGGCAUUACGUGUGAUUAUGACAACCACGUCGUCAGCCUGGACCUGUCUAACUCUGACGUCUCGGGAAGCAUACCUUCGCUCAUUGGAAAUCUCAUCUAUCUGACGUCAUUGAACCUUGGUAAUAACCGUUUUAGUGGCACUCUUCCAACGACGAUUGGACGGCUUACCAAUCUGGUCGAGUGGGAUUUGCAAUACAACGAUUUCACGGGUAACCUUCCCAAGUCGAUCUCAGCAAUGCAACGAAUAGGGAUGCUGGAUUUAAGUAACAACGUGUUUACAGGCCGUAUCCCACAAGGAGUCUGUAACAUGACAAAGGUUACCAAGUUUAAUAUCGCACAGAAUACCUUUGCGGGGUCCAUCCCUGACUGCAUGUCAAAAUUAGCAAAGCUCAAGAUAUUGGACAUGCAUAGCAAUAGUAUGUCGGGGCAGUUGCUUUCCAACCUUAAAGCGCUGAAGCAGCUCAACUAUCUGGAUCUGAGUUACAACGGUUUCUCAGGAAGCAUUCCUUCUAGACUUACUACCAUAAAGGCUCUCCGCACAAUGAACUUGGACUACAACAAGCUCAGUGGGACCCUUGCUCCGCUGCCACGAACCGUCAGUUUCAGCGCUCGUUACAACUACCUCUCCGGCGCCAGCACAGUCACCUGCAAGAAAAGCCGUCUUGAACAGAACUGCCUCCUUGGGAAGCAGCAGCGCGUAUGCUCAGGCUUUACCCGGCGGCCCCUGAACGAAUGCACCCCGUUCUGCGGCCUCUCCAGCAAACGCCCUCCCUGUGGGGGUCGCGGAGCAUGCGUUCUGGAAGGGGCUGAGGAAACGCCUGUGUGUUACUGUGAUGCGGGCUAUGCCAAUGGCGAGAUUCCCUUCACUUGCAUCCCGGAAGAUCAAAGCUACCCCCAGACCACCGUUAUUAUCGACUCCAUGUUCACCCUCACCAACCGCUCUACACCGUCUCGCGGAAUGUUCUUUUCUGAGGCUCCCCUCAAGCUCUUCUCGUAUGACACCAUGGGGGGCAGCUGCGGCCGCGAGUUCUACUUCAAGGCGAGCUUUUCCUUCAUGAUGAUUCCGAAGACAGCUGGCAAGGCCGGCAACGGGCUCGCAUUUGUUGUCUCGGCCUCAAGCACAAUUGCCAACAGCAGUAGCGGUGUGGGGUAUGCAGGGAUGGAUCAGCACAGCAUGGCUGUAGAGUUUGACACUUGGCUGGAUAAGCAGGACAGUGACACGAGCGCAAAUCAUGUUGGGGUUAACCUGGGAGGAAGCCCCAAAUCCAGCAAGAGUGCUAACGUCUCGGAUGACCUGAACGACGGGAGGAUGUACUCUGCAUGGGUGGAGUACACGCCAGGGGAGUUUGAGAGCUUGAAGGUGUUCGCUUCACCUUCCUACGCCCAGCCGGCCGAGCCCUUGCUCUCCAUGAGCGUCUCACUCUGCGACGUCCUUCUGCCCUCACGGACAAAGAACUCCUUCUACUUUGGCUUCGUGGCGGCAUCCACGGUUAACGCGCAGGAGCAUCUCGUGGCAACGACAACCAUUGAAACAGGAUUUGAUUUAUCAUCAAACCUACCCACAAAACAGCUUCCAGAUGUCAGAGCCACGGGCCUGGUGGUGACGGUGGACACAUACCAGCCCAAUACCACAAGCCCGUUCACGCGCUAUGUGAGCGUGGGGUACUCGCCAGCGCAGGACGGACAGGACUCGUGGAACAUCCCCACCUUAUCCACGUGGACCAUCGACCCGACCUGGGUGGCGCCGGACCAAGGCGAUUGCAGCGACUGCUGGGCGUAUGCAGUGGUGGCAAGCAUAGAGGCCGCAUACGGCAUCGCGGUCAACAGCAGGCCGUACCCGUCGCUCUCCAUCAACUCCCUCUUUGACGUCACCAAUAUGACCACCUGCGAGAGCGGGUCACCCACCGUCGCCUUCCAGAUUCUCGUUGCGUCUGCCAAGGGCCUUAAGCCAGCUUCUACUUGGGACUCCUCCCGCUCCUCUCCCCCUCCCUCCUCUCCCUCCCUCCCCUCCUCUCCCCCUCGCUCCUCCUCCUUUCUCGCUUCCUGGCUGUCUUGGAUCAAAGCAGCGUGGCACAGUCCCUCACUUGGCAAGACUUCUCUUCCUCGUCGCACUCAUGCAGCAGCAGCACCGGCAACAGGAUCAGCACCCCCACCAGCAACCAAUAAGGAGUACAAGGUCAUUGGGUUUGAAAGGGCAGCAUUCAAGGGGUACUUUGGCCUCAUGCUUGCGGUGCGGCGGCAGCCAGUGGUGGUUCACAUCGAGGCCACCACCAACUCUUUCAUCAAUUACAAUGGGUUGACCAGGUACAACGACCCAGAGUGCUACAUGGGAAACCUCAACCACGUUGUACUCGUUACAGGCUACGUCCUCAUGGGCACUGAUAAGGAGCGCCCGCACAUCAAACCACCCUUUUGGAGAGUCCGCAACUCGUGGGGCAUGGAUUGGGGAGAGAAGGGGUACAUUCACAUGGACAUAGCGCCAGGGGAUGGCAUCUGUGGCAUCAACGUGCUGCCUGGGAUCUACCCAAUCAUCAGAAUCCCUGACGACCCUUGCAUGGUCAAGUCAUUCAAAAAUUUCAACGGCGAGGCAGUCAUGAACCCCUGUGGCAGCUUCAAGUGCACUGUAAAGGGCACCUCCUCCAACACGUGUGAAUGCACGGGCCCGUUCGUCCAGGUCCCGAAUGCUGAUGGCUCUCAGUCAUGUGCCUAUGUGGAUGCGUGUGGGGGCAGCACAGAGAACCCCUGUGAGGUGGGCUCGUGCAUCAACGAUGGCAAGGGCAAGUACACCUGUGUGUGCCCUCCCACGUACACUCCAGACACCACCAUCGAUGGCUUCCCCACCUGCACCAGGGGUUGGGGCGUGGCUUCCAAGCUGACAGUGGCUGGGAGCAACUGGCAGUGCGCCGACGUGCAUUCUCUCUUCGGGCUCACGCUGGACGAGUUCAAUCGCAAUAACCAGGGUCUUGACUGCGCGGGCGGGGAGCCCCUCCAAGAGAACCAAGUGCUCAACAUGACAAAGGCACAUGUGAUCGCGUGCUCUGCUUUCUACUACACGCUACCGUCGGACACCUGUUCUUCAAUCGAUACGUACCUCAAACUACGCGGCUCCUUGGAGACUCUCAACCCGGACCUUGACUGUUCAGACAUCAAGCCAUCCCGCUCCCUUUGUAUCGAGCGUAGCCCAAUACCCUUGGGCCCUGUCCACGCCUGCCGAAAGAGUGCCGUAAUAACGACCGUGGACGACUGCACACAGGCAGGGAAUGCCCCCGGGAGUGGCAUCUCCAUGGUGGACCUGUACCGAAUGAACCCCGGGCUCGUGUGUGAUCCUGCCAAGGGGCUCAAGGGCGGUGCGGGUGGAAGCAUGAAAUUGCAGGUUUGUGUGGAUGCAGAAUAUCUGGAUUACUCAGCUGGUAGGUGUGUUGAAGGCAAAACAAAGUACUUCAAAGCUGACACACCGUGCGUCAGCAUUCUUGCCAAAGAAUUCAAGGGUAAGCGAGCAGACUUCGAAAAGUAUAACAAAAGAAAAUGUGCCACCACGAUAGGGGGAAAGCCUGGGACGGCUCAGGAGCGAGUGCCUUUAUGUAUACCACCCUAGAAAAGGCUUCCCCCCAGUGCUCUCUUAGUGUAAAUCUUAUAAUGUUUAUGAUAAUUUGUGUCCAUGAUAUGAUAAUUUGUAAAAGUGUUUUACACUUUAUAAAAUUGUGUAUUGUGA